UAAAGCAGCUAGUUGAGUUGCAAAUCCACCAAUAAAACGGAAACUGUUCCCGCCUUUACUAAUCGUAUUGAGAAUCUUUACAGCUUCUUAUUUUUAUAUUUUUAUAUGAGUAUCGUAUUUCACGACGAGAAACAUGAAUAAAAUAAGUCGAAAACCGUUUUCAACACCUUCAGCAGCAAAAAAACUCAAAUAUAGAGAUGACGAUGAUGAGAAACCUAGUUCGUUUGAAGCUGAACUGGCCGUUAUGGAUUUUGCAGAUGAUGAUUUUCCAGAUGAAACAUUACUAAUAGGAGAGGGACCUGAACAGGAAAAUACAUCUGCAAAAUGGAGCAGAACUCCUCCACCGUCUUUGAAUCCACAAAUUGAUACAUUAACAUUCCAGCAAAUUGAAAUUGAUCAUUAUAUAGGUAGACCCCUCCCUGGAAUGCCAGGUAGUAAAAUAGGACCUGUACCCAUAAUGAGGAUGUUUGGUGUUACAGAAUUAGGAAAUUCUGUAUGUUGUCAUGUCCAUGGCUUUUGUCCAUAUCUGUUUGUAUCAGCACCACCAAAUUUCACAAACAACCAUUGCAGACCAUUCAAAGAAGCUCUUGAUCAAGCAGUAAAAAAGGAUAUGAAAUCAAACCCAGAUAACAUACAAGAAACCAUCCUAGCAGUAGAAGUGGUCUAUAAACAAUCAAUGUAUGGAUAUGAAGGACAUAAUAAAUUGCCGUUUUUAAAAAUUACAGUGGCUGUUCCAAAAUUGAUAGCACCUUGUAAGAGAUUAUUAGAAACAGACACAGUUUAUACUGCGUUUAAUUAUCACUAUAGAGCCUUUGAAAGUAACAUCGAUUUUGAUAUCAGGUUUAUGGUUGACACAUCAGUAGUUGGUUGCUCUUGGAUUGAAUUACCACCAGGAAGCUGGAAAUUACGUGGCCAAUAUGGGCACAUAUUGGAACUAACUACUCGAUGCCAACUGGAAGUGGAUGUUGCAUGGGAUGCUUUUAUAUCUCAUGCACCAGAAGGAGAAUGGUCCAAAAUAGCUCCAUUUAGAAUUCUCAGUUUCGAUAUUGAAUGUGCUGGACGCGAAGGUAUCUUUCCGGAAGCAAAACAUGAUCCUGUGAUACAAAUUGCUAACAUGGUCAUAAGACAGGGCGAGCCCGAACCGUUUUUAAGAAAUAUUUUCACUCUUGAUACUUGUGCGCCUAUCGUUGGUUGUCAAGUGUUGAGCUUUGACAAGGAAAGUUUAAUGUUAGAGAAAUGGGCUGAUUUUGUGCGUCAAUUAGAUCCUGACAUUUUCACAGGCUAUAACAUAAACAAUUUUGAUUUUCCGUAUUUAAUUAAUCGUGCACAACAUCUUAAUGUGAAAAACUUCAACUUCCUUGGUCGAAUAAAGAAUAUAAAGUCUGUAAUUAAGGAUCAUGUACUGCAAAGCAAACAAUUAGGUCGUCGUGAAAACAAAUCAAUUAAUUUUGAAGGAAGAGUUCCAUUCGAUUUAUUAUUAGUAUUAGUUCGAGAUUAUAAAUUGAGAUCUUAUACUCUGAAUGCGGUAUCGUAUCAUUUUCUUCAAGAACAAAAAGAAGAUGUUCAACAUAAAGAUAUUACGGGACUACAAAAUGGAAAUGCCCAAACACGUCGACGUCUCGCUGUAUAUUGUUUGAAGGACGCAUACUUACCACUUAGAUUAUUAGACAAGCUAAUGUGUGUUAUUAUCUAUAUGGAAAUGGCAAGAGUUACGGGAGUGUCUAUUUCUAGCUUAUUAACUCGUGGACAACAAAUCAAAGUCGUUUCACAACUUUUACGCAAGACCCGGGAAAAGGAUUACUUGAUGCCAGUGCAUCAAGGCCAUGGUACCGAUGAGCAAUUUGAAGGAGCGACUGUCAUAGAGCCUAAGCGUGGCUAUUACAAUGAUCCAAUAGCUACCUUAGAUUUCAGUUCUUUGUAUCCUAGUAUUAUUAUGGCGCACAAUUUAUGUUACACGACAUUAUUAACCGUUGCUAAAAAAAAGGAAUUGAAUAUUGAAGAAGACCAAAUUAUUACAACUCCCAGUAAUUCAUUUUUCAUUAAGAGUACCAUGAGAAAAGGAAUUCUUCCAGAGAUUUUGGAAAACCUAUUGACAGCCAGGAAAAGAGCGAAAGCAGAAUUAAAGCAAGAAACAGAUCCAUUGAAGCAAAAGGUACUCGAUGGUAGACAAUAUGCUUUAAAAGUGUCGGCGAAUUCGGUCUAUGGGUUCACGGGUGCGCAAAUGGGAAAAUUACCAUGUUUGGAAAUAUCUGCUAGCGUUACCGCUUAUGGACGUACUAUGAUAGAACAAACAAAACAAGAAGUAGAGGAUCACUUUCGCAUAGAAAAUGGAUACAAAAACGAUGCGAUAGUCAUAUACGGUGAUACUGACUCUGUCAUGGUGAAAUUUGGCGUGAAAUCUAUAGAGGAUGCAAUGGAGCUUGGUAAAGAAGCUGCCGAUUAUGUGACAUCUAAAUUUAUCAAACCUAUAAAAUUAGAGUUUGAGAAAGUGUAUUUUCCAUAUCUCUUAAUUAACAAAAAACGUUAUGCUGGUCUAUAUUUUACGAAACCUGAUAAAUACGAUAAAAUGGAUUGCAAAGGUCUCGAAACGGUGCGGAGAGAUAACUGUCCGUUGGUCGCGAACAUGAUGAAUACCUGUUUGCAAAUAUUGCUUAUUGAGAGAAAUCCAAGCGCUGCCGUAGAUUACGCCAAACAGGUCAUUAGCGAUCUUUUGUGUAAUCGUAUUGAUCUUUCUCAAUUAGUAAUCACGAAAGAACUAACAAAGACUGAUUACGCGGCGAAGCAAGCGCAUGUCGAACUGGCGGCAAAAAUGAAGAAACGAGACGCCGGAAACGCACCGAAACUUGGUGAUCGUGUGGCAUAUGUAUUUAUAAGCGCAGCUAAAGGUGCUCCGGCAUACCAGAAGGCAGAAGAUCCUGUUUAUGCGCUGCAGAAUAGUAUCCCAAUAGACACGAAUUAUUAUCUAGAGAAUCAAUUGGCGAAACCUCUUGUACGUAUCUUUGAACCUAUCCUCGGCGAGAAAGCAGAGUCACUUCUUUUGAAAGGAGAUCAUACACGCACGAGAUGCAUCGCUACAUCACAAGUUGGAGCGCUCGCGGCUUUUACACGUAAAAAAGAAACCUGUUUGGGCUGCAAAGCUGUUUUACCGCCAGACAGAGAAGACAAGGCAGUAUGUAAGCAUUGCGAAUCUCAAGAGGCUGAAUUGUUUCACAAUGAGUUACAGGCCCAGCAUAAACUGGAAGAGAAGUUUUCCAGAUUGUGGGCAGAAUGUCAAAGAUGUCAAGGAAGUCUUCAUCAAGAAGUUAUAUGCUCUAACCGUGACUGCCCAAUAUUUUACAUGAGGGUGAAAUCUCGAAUAGACAUGGCUGCAAAAAUUAAACGAAUCCAAAGAUUUGGUGUUCCGGAAUGGUAAAAAAAUGAUUGCAAUUUACAUAGGUUUCAUCUUGUAAAAGUUAUUAUUGUAAGUAGAAAAAUUGCAAUUAUUCACGUAUAAUAAAUUUAGUCAAUGAAAUAAAAAUUUAUUAUGAAAUAGUUAUCUAUAUAUUUCCUAAUAUAUUAACAAAAUUUAUAUAUUAAAAUUUAGUAUAUUCAGGAAAAAUAUAAAUACGUAUUAGAAAAUAUUAAAAAUUUCCAACCAUGGUCUAUUAUUUGAUAUAAUACCGUCAAGAAGUCUUAGAUAAAACUAGAACGCAAUUCAGAGUGAAACUUACAUAUUUGUAAAUAUAUAUUUUUUUAAUACUAAUGCAAUUCUUUUUCGCGGCAUAAAAUUAAUUUUAUUUUGUAUACGUUGUAUAACAACUUUUAUAAAUGCUAGUUGUAUUUGUAUCUUGUCUACAUUCAUUUUUAUCUUAAAUUCAUUUUACUAAUUAUUGUACUGAAAAAAGAAUAUUUCAUAGUUUGAGAUACAUCAAGAUGACAGUAUAUUAUGUAUAGAUAUAUGAUCUCUAAAUGUAGUAUGUUUGUAGUAUUUUUGUUUUAUGAGUUUGAACUUUUCCAAAUAUUUAUUUUUGUUUGGUAAUCGAGAUGUAUAUUUGAUCAAUAUACUUGUGUUCCCAUUACAAAUAAUUUGUAAUUCGAUA